AUGGGUAGCGUUUGCUCGUGUUGUAGCUGGGGUCGCGAAAACUUAAACUCCAAAGAUGCCAAAGCGAAGAAGCUGGGCAAGAAAGACGUGUGGUUCGAGCAAGAUUCCGUGCCGCUGGUGUCUGCGAUGCACGGCCUCGACGACGUUGGGCCGGACGAAGCUGAUGGAAGCCUGAAAAGGAAAGUGCUGAUGCGCUCCCCGCGUCCUACAAACAUGUCACCUAGUGACGAGCGUUCCAGGUUAACAUCGCAUCACCUGCAACAACAACACGAGCAAGAAGAGAGACAGUAUCACACCCAUAGAGGCAAGUCAGCAUCCGUGGAUUCCAGCAGCUACGCCCAGAGGAGGCCACAUAGUGGUGAAGGCGAAGAACGCCCACGGAGCCGCAGUGGGGCUGGACAUCGCCACCGCCACUCACGCCAUCACGAUGGCACCAAUGAACACGACAGAAGAACUGCCAGGUCGACAUCACUCGAUGUACAGGAUAGCACGCGUGAGAUGCGUUCUCCGUCGUCGUCGUCAAUGAGAUCGCCUCGAGCACCCUCAUACUCUCAGGACGCUGCAUCUUUCGCCGAUGAUGAAGUUGAAAGUGUAGACUCGUCUCGCGGUUCAGCCCGAUCGCACCGUUCAUCGUCCGCUUCAUCAUCACCAAAAGCAUCCUCCAAAAGUGGAUCUCCGCACAAGAAACAACGCUACGGACGGAAACACUAUCGAGCGGACGUCAAACGUAAGUAG